AAUUAUUUAACCCCUUUCACAGUUUCACUCAUUUUGCAACUCCAAACGCUUUUCUGCUUCUUCUCUUUCUCUCCGGGCAAAUCGUACGGAUUUCUCUGAUCACAGCGAUGGAAAUUGACGGUGGAGAUGUUAUUUCCGGUGACAAGCCGAUCAUCAUGGUCACCAACGACGACGGCAUAGACGCCCCUGGCCUCCGUUCCCUGGUUCGCGUCCUCGUCUCCACAAACCUCUACGAGGUCCGCGUCUGCGCUCCUGAUUCGGAGAAAUCUGCUGUGAGUCACAGUAUCAUAUGGAGCAGACCCCUCACUGCACAACGAAUCGACAUUGAUGGAGCUACAGCUUAUGCUGUUUCUGGAACCCCUGCGGACUGUACUGGUUUGGGAUUAUCGGAAGCUCUCUUCCCUUCUCCUCCUGACCUGGUGCUUAGUGGUAUAAACGUUGGUAGCAACUGUGGAUAUAACAUUGUCUACUCUGGAACUGUUGCUGGAGCUCGUGAAGCCUUCAUCUAUGAUGUGCCUUCUGCAUCCAUAUCAUAUGAUUGGAAACGUGGAGAAAUCAAUGCUGAUGACUUUGUCCUCGCUGCUCAAGCUUGCUUGCCUAUCAUCAACGGCAUGCUCAGUGCAAUCAAGAACAAAACCCACCCAACGAAAUGCUUUCUGAACAUCGAUUUGCCUACUGAUAUUGCUAACCAUAAGUUUAAGGGCGUGGAGGUUGAAGAAGGGACUGAUCUUCACUUCCUACGUGAAGGAUUUAUUACAGUGACGCCACUUGGAGCUCUCUCUCAGGUUGAUGUGGGUUGCCAAAAGUACUACAAAGAAUGGCUUCCUAAGAUUACGAACCCGUCUUCAUCCUUGUGAUGAUGACACCAAAUUAAAAACAGUCUUUUUUAAUAACUUACUCAUUGUGGACCACAGUUUGUGGUAGACCUAUGAUUAUAUCAGCACUAGUUGUUUGAAUUAUACAUUCUCUUGAAUCUCCUAUUAUAAUUUAUAAUGUUUUGAUCAGCAAAAUCUUUGUUGCAAGUUAAUCAUUAUAAUAUAGUUUUUGGGGACAUUUUUUUUUUUAUAUAAAAACGUUUCACUGCGUAAAA